AUAUAGAGAGGAGAUACAUACAUAAAGGGGGAGACAAAACAGAGCGAGCUGAUUUCCAUUCAGCAAUUCAGCGUGGCUUCAGCCGCUUCAGUCCUUCAGUAUUCGCUGCGAGCGGAAUUACUGUAACACCGGUCCAGUGUACAGUGGCAUUUCAUAUUUAUUUCUCCUUUUAUUUUACACGUAUACGUAUAUAAAUAUUUAUUUCGCUGUGAAUUAAAGUCUAAAGUUCUAUAACAAAUCGCGUGCUUUUUUACCUGACGAGAGUUCAACAUUUUGUCAAUCUGCAGGUACGCAGCUAAAAUUUGCAUUUGAUUGCUGAAUCGAAAAAAAAGAUUGGAAUAAUGGAAUUCAUACGGCCAGAUCGACCAUCUAAAUGUACAUGGACACCGAAUGGGGAAAAUUCGCCGCAUACGAAACGAACGGAAUUUCCAGAUCGUCACAAGAUAAUACCAGACAUUUUAAGCGCAAUUGGUCAGACACCUCUCGUUCGGCUCAAUAGAAUUCCUAAAUCUCAUGGGAUCAAAUGUGAAAUAUUCGCGAAGUGUGAGUUCUUCAACCCUGGAGGAUCUGUUAAAGAUAGGAUAGGGCAUAGAAUGCUUGAAGAUGCAGAAGAAAUGGGUCUGAUAAAACCUGGAGAUACAAUUAUUGAACCAACUAGUGGUAACACUGGGAUCGGCUUAGCGAUGGCCGCAGCGGUCAAGGGUUAUAAGUGCAUCAUUGUGAUGCCAGAAAAAAUGUCUAAUGAAAAAGUCUACACACUCCGCGCUCUCGGAGCAGAAAUCGUUAGAACACCGACCGAAGCCGCUUGGCACAGUCCGGAAGGGAAUAUUAGUGUUGCCCAAAAAUUGCAAAGGGAAAUACCGAACAGUAUUGUUCUUAAUCAGUAUAUGAAUUCUGGUAAUCCAUUGGCGCAUUAUGACCAAACGGCGACAGAACUUUGGGAGCAAUGCGACGGCAAUAUAGACUAUGUGGUAAUUGGGGCUGGUACAGGAGGUACAAUAUCCGGUGUAGGACGAAAAUUGAAAGAAUUGUCGCCUAAUACAAAAAUUGUCGGAGUAGAUCCUAAAGGUAGCAUUUUAGCGGAGCCAUCUGAAUUGAAUGACGGCGUUCAUUUUUACGAAAUAGAGGGCAUUGGAUACGACUUCAUACCUACAGUUCUCGAUCGCAGUGUAGUAGAUAUAUGGAUAAAAACUGAUGAUUGCGAAUCACUCAAAAUGUCGCGAGAAUUAAUUGGAAAAGAGGGACUAUUGUGCGGCGGUAGCAGUGGUGCGGCAGUUGUUGCGGCAUUAAAAGUCGCUAAAGACCUGCCUGCAAAUAAACGUGUGGUCGUUCUUCUACCAGAUAGUAUAAGAAACUACCUGACUAAAUUUGUGUCAGACCAGUGGAUGGAAGCUAGAGACUUUUUGCCAUCCGAACCUUUAGUAGAAGCAAACAAGCGGUGGUGGAACGUACCGGUAUCGGAAUUACCAUUAAAGAAGCCUAUACUGUUAAAGGGGGUGUCAUGUCAAGAUGCCGCGGAUUUUUUGAAAUCCGCUGGUCAUACCCAGCAAGCCUUGGUAACUGACGAGAAGCAAAUACACGUGAAAGGCAUUGUCACAUUGGACGCGCUCUUGUCUGAUUUAAUAGCCGGUACAGUGAAGCGAUCUGAUUUUGCCGAAAAAGUCAUGAGCAAACAGUUUACAAAAGUUACGGCCACGACUACACUCGGAAAAUUAUCGCAUAUCCUUGAAAAAGAACGUUACGCCGUGGUUGUAAAUGAUGAUGAUACUUUAAUCGGACUUGUAAGUCAAAAUGACAUCUUUAAUUUUAUCACCGAGAAUGAUUGCAACGCGAAAUAAUGGAAUUGUACAAAAUACAUAUAUUAAAAUACAUAUAUUAAAAUACAUAUAUUAUCAGAAUUAUAAAGAAUUAGAAAAAGAUAAAAAGUUAAAUCAAGAUCCAAGUUAGUCUACAUUAAUGAAAAUGGAUAUAUAUGUGAUCAAACAAGAAUUAUGUAUCUGUGCUGUAUAUUUAUUCAGAUAAUUAAGACUACACCAUGGAAAAUUUUCUAAUAUAUAAUUUUAUAUUUGAUACUAUUAUCUUAUAUUUGUAUAAAUUUGGAUUUAUCCAAAUAAUUUAUGGCAUAAUGCCUAAAAAAUUGUCAUAUGGAAUUUAUACAUCUACUAUAUAUAUAUAUAUAUAUAUCUAGAUCUCUUCUCCUAUUAAAUCAGUGAUAUAUCUUUCUUAAUAUUUCAUACGUUGUUUAUACAUUGUUUAUACAUUUGAAGCAUUUAAACUUUUAUAGUAAUUUUAUCAACAAAUAUAUAAAUGCAGAUGAAUAAAA